UGAAGCAGCGAGAGAAGACGUGCGCCUUCCACUUCGCCGCUCUCCGCGGGGAAUCCGCCGGCACAUCCGCGAGACCGACACCGGCCGCCGCCGCCGCCGCCGCCGCCGCUGCGCCAUGGCGCUCGCAAGGCAAGUGCUUUGUCUCUCUGCUUUCCUCUCGCUGCCGCACGCUCGCGCCGAGCCCAUCCGCUACUCCGUAGCCGAGGAGGCGGAAAGCGGCUCCCUGGUGGGCCAGCUGGCGGAGGAUGCGGGGCUGACGCCGGCGCAGCUCUCGGCUCGCCGCGCCCGCCUGGUCUCGGAGGACGGCCGGCAGCAUUUUCGCUUAGACCGCGCCUCCGGCCGCCUCGUCGUGGCGGCGAGGCUGGACCGGGAGGAGCUGUGCGGCCAGUCCGCCACCUGCAUGCUCCCCUUCGAGCUGCUGCUCUCCAACCCCCUGCAGUUCUUUCGGGUCGAGGUGGCUCUGGACGAUAUCAAUGACCAUUCGCCUGUUUUCAGGCAAGAUCUAGUCAAUUUUAGGAUCCUGGAAACAAGUGAACCUGGUUCACGUUUCCCGCUGGAGAUGGCUCGGGACCUCGAUAUUGGCAGUAACGCAGUCCAGGAGUACAGCAUCUCUCCCGCGAACGAGUAUUUCAGUGUCUCCUAUGGGAGUCGGAGUAAUACUGACAAAUAUCUUGAACUUGUUUUGGAUAAGCCACUAGAUAGAGAGGAGCAUGCAGAGAUGGGUUUCCGUGUUAUUGCUGUGGAUGGGGGCUCUCCUCCUCGAAGUGGGACCACCGAGAUCUCUAUUAUCAUUCUAGAUGUAAAUGACAAUGCUCCCAUAUUCAAACAAGAGCGUUAUAUUGGAAGGGUUCUGGAGAACAUGCCAGAAGGCUCUGUGGUUCUGACAGUGAUGGCAACUGAUCAGGAUGCAGGAGUUAAUGGAGACAUCACCUAUCAACUAAGCGAUGCAGUGGGACAGGAAGACUCAGCAUUUGUGAUUGAUCCCAUAACUGGUGAAAUAAAGCUCACAAAAUCUCUGGACUUCGAGGAAGCAGAGCAUUAUGAACUGCGUGUCCAAGCCACGGAUGGUGGGGGUCUCUCAGCUAUCUGCAAAGUGCUGGUGGAGGUGGUGGAUGUGAAUGACAAUGCCCCAGAGCUGGUGGUCAGUUCCUUCAGCAGUCCCCUCCCCGAGAACACAGUGCCCGGCACGGUGGUUGCCCUGUUUGCGGUCAGGGACCGGGAUUCUGGUGCCAACUGGAAGAUCUCCUGUGCCCUCGAGGAUCAGCUCUUCUUCUCCCUGCGGCCAGCCUAUAAGAAUUACUACGAGCUGGUGACAGUGAGCGCGCUGGACCGCGAGGAGACGCCUCGCUACAUCCUCAGUGUGAGGGCAGCAGAUGCGGGGUCGCCUCCUCUCACAACCACCCAGACCUUCAGCGUGGACAUCUCCGAUGUCAAUGACAACGCCCCCGUCUUCAACCAGACCUCCUACACCAUGUACGUGCGUGAGAACAACGUCCCCACGGUGUUUGUUGGGGCCGUCAGUGCUGCAGAUGCUGACGUGGGGCUCAAUGCCAAGGUGACCUAUUCCCUGGCCCCAGAGCAAGGGGCAGAGCGGCCCUCGUGCUCCUGCAUCUCUGUGAACUCUGAGAACGGGCACGUGUUUGUGCUGCGGCCCCUGGACUACGAGCACUUGAGGCAGACCGAGGUGACGGUCAGUGCCUCUGACGCGGGCUCUCCUCCCCUCAGAGCCAACGUCACCGUCCGCCUGGUCGUGCUGGACGAGAAUGACAACGCACCGCUGGUGCUCUACCCAGCCCAGGACAGCAGCCCAGCGUCCAGUGAGCUGGUGCCCGUGUCGGCUGAGGCGGGCUACCUCAUCAGCAAAGUGGUGGCCGUCGAUGCUGACUCGGGACAGAACUCCUGGCUCUCCUACCACCUGCUGAGGGCCACCGACCCAGGGCUGUUUUCCGUGGCCCUCCAAAGCGGGGAGGUGCGUCUGAGGAGGCCGGUGACAGAGAGAGACAGCGUCAAGCAGAAGCUCCUUGUCCUGGUCAGAGACAACGGCAAGCCCCCGCUGUCAGCCACGGCAGCUCUGAGCGCUCUCCUGCUCAAGGACUUCUCCGACGUGCGCCUCCCGCACAGCAGCCCGGCCACAGAGGAUCAGGACGGCUCCCUGACCACCUAUUUAAUCAUUUCCUUGGUCUUUGUCUCACUCCUCUUCCUCAUCUCCACCGCAGUCUUUGUCGCUCGCAAGGUCUGCAGGAGAAAGCAGCUGAAGGCUGGCCAUGUGCUUUAUGGUGCCGACAACUUGCAGAGCGGCCUGGCCGAUGCAGCCGCUGCAGGGAGCCUGCCCCGCGCCUAUUGCUACGAGAUCAGCCUCACUACGGGCUCGGGCAACAGCGAGUUCAAAUUCCUCAAGCCCAUCCUGCCCAGCCUGCCCCCACAGCACUGCGCCGUGGGCCAGGGCCCGGAUGAGGAGCAGGAUUUCCCCUGUGUCCCUGUCAGCACAGAGGACACGGCCCCAGACAAUGCUGGGACUCUCUCUGCAGGACAGUUCAAUGCUCUGUCCUUUAACUGACAUGGGUUCUGCACAGCUGGAGGCUUCAUGGCCCAUGGGAGGAGGGGAUCCAGGCUGCAGCAUGUGGCAAUUGUUCCUCCAGAGAAAAUAUGUUCUCAAUUGUCAUAGCCUAGUUCCUGCAAAUUCCAAGUCAGUGUAAAAUUUGUCUUCCUCUCCAAAGACAAAAUUGCAGAAAAAAAGGUAUUGUGAUUCUCUCCCUCAGACAAUAGUCUAUUGCUCCUCUCUCACAGCCUUUUCUGAUAGGCUUUAAUAAUGCACUCCCAGCUUUGUUCUUUGUCUCUUGGUCUCAGACCAGACCUUGGACUUCCUAUUCUUUUUAUAGCUCAGUGGCACAGUUCCAUAGACAAAUCUCACACUGGAGGAAAUUAAACCAAGCCCCUUUCCCAGAGAAGCAAGGUAGUUCUGAAUACUGUGUCAUUAUGUUCUAUUAGCAUCGGGCUUUUUCUUUCCGGGUUCUGGAUGUCUCUGUCUGAGAUGGGUGGGCUCAGUGUGUUACACUUUCUUCUCAGUAUAUCUCUCUGUACGGCCAUGGUUCAUGUGCAGGUGCUUCACUAGCGCUGCCCAAUGAAAGGGUGAGUUUCUCCCAUCCAGCCAUUACAAUACAGGCAAUUCCAGCUCUGCAUGAAAGUAGACUGGAGUUUUGAUCCUUCCAGGGCUCAGGAGAGCAUACCAAAACACAGCAGAGCAGCAAAACGCGUAACAAAAAGCUUCCUUUGGCCUAUAAGUGAGCAUUUGUUGUUCUGUCUCCUUGGAAUUGCCUUGGAAAUAUAGCAGUGUCAGGUCAACCUGUGUUUGGAGAGUGUAUAACUGUACAGAGUCAUGAAAACUUAUGCAUCAUCUCUGGGGGCAUGAAAAUCAAAGAAUUUCCUGAGGGUAAAAUCAAGUACUUGAACGUUUGAAAAAGAUUGGAAAUAGGAAUUUGAGUUUUAUUUCCUCAUUUUGUUAGAUAAUUCAGUGCUUUGUUGUUGGGGCUAAACACAGAUGACUUUUCCAUAUGUGUUAUAGCAUUUGCAUUCUCCAUUCUGCCCUUUCUCCUGCUCUCUGAACUGUGUUUGAGCAUUACCUUGCCUGUUCCUCUAGACGAAUGCCACCCCAUCUAGAAUUGCUGGUUGUUUGAAUGAUAUCUGUGCUGCAUGUAAUUCUUGGAAAGCUUCCCACACACUGUGUUGGGCUGAAGUUAUACAGUUUAACAAUGUAAAUUGGUAUGACUCUGGGUUUAGAAACAGAAAAAAAGUGUUAGACUGAAAUAAACAGAGCAUCGUACCUCCUUUAGUGGAGACAGAAUCCUUCCUAAAGACGUUCUC